AUGGCUUCCAGCUUCCAUAUUUCACAGGAGGCCGAUAAAGCCCAUCUAAGGAAAAAUAAGAUACGGAAACCGGUCAUCGAGAAGAUGCGGAGAGACCGCAUAAACCACAGCAUCGAACAGCUCCGAGAACUACUGGAGAAAGACAUCCAGAGCCAGCACUCCAAGUUAGAGAAGGCGGACAUUCUGGAAAUGGCGGUGAAAUAUCUGCGGCAAAAGAAACUGCAUCAAAACGAUUCCCAGGACUUGUAUUAUCAGGGCUACUACAUGUGCCUGAAGGAGACAGUGGGAUUUCUGCACAGCCAUGGCCAAGCACAAGCGAAGAUACUGCGCCAAAUCUGUAGGCAGCAAAGCCAGUCCACAGGAGAGCACAGUCUCCAAUACCCGCCCGCCUCCCCGGAGAGAAGUCCACCCUUGAUGAAGGAGGAGUGUCUGAACCCCUGA